CACAAAUCGUAACACCAUCACUUGUACUGGUGUCCGCCAUAUUUAGCUUGUUUUCGUUACUGAACCGUCUCGGCCAUCCGGCCGCAUUGCGCGCGUUGUCAUUGUACCGCCGCCGCCGUAACGAAGUCAGCCAAUCGUGCCAAUUACGAUUGUUCAUUACACGAUACUUCCUAAUCAAUCGAUAAUCAACGCCGCGGCGUAGCGCUGAUCACCGUAUCCGAUGUCUGCUUCAGCUGAGAUACGAACGAUGAACAGCGUCCGACGUCGACGGCAUGACGUGAGCCACGGACCUAUACGCUCGGCACAUUGACGGGUGGUCGCCGACGAACGUCUAAGCUAUCGGGUACCUACCGCCGAUUCCGGUUAAGGUACUCGUCAAGAAACAAAAUCAAAAUGAAUGAAGUUAAUAUGGCUAAUAAUCAAGAAAUAAAUAUGCAAUCAUAUAAUAUACAUGAUUUAUGCAGAUUAUGUGCAAAUUUUGAUGAGAAUAUGAUACCAAUAUAUUCCGAUGAAGGAGCAGACCAUAUGUUAGAAAACAAAAUAAAAACCCAUCUUCCAUUUAUAAAUAUUUCUGAAAAUGAUUUAUUACCAAAAAGAAUAUGUUAUCAUUGUGCUUCUGCUGUGCUUGUAUGGAAUGAGUUGUAUGAAUGCAGUAGUGAUGCAGACCAAAAACUUAGAAGUAUGUUUGAACUUAAUCCAUUCAAUCAAAAUCAGUGCAAGGAUAUUCAAAAAGAUGAAAAGUUAAAUCCAACUUUAAAAAGGUACAUUGACUUGACAGAACCAGGUGGAACAUUGAAAAUAAUUCCUACUAAAGAAACUUCACUCUCAAACAAUUAUUCCUGUUYGUUUUGUUUUGAAAAGUUUUUGAAGAUUAGAGAUAAAGUAAAGCAUGACCGUGAUGUUCAUGGUGUUCAGUCUAAUAUAUUGCCAAUUAAGUAUGUAAGUGACAGGUACACAGAUAAUAAUAUGAAAAUUUCAAUUUCAAAUGCUGAGGAUAACAGUAUAGRAAAAAAUCUUUCCAACACAGUUGGUGUAAGCAAUACAAAAUCUACUCAAGAUUUUAAAAUAAAUAAUUAUGAUGUAUUAUGCAUUAUGUGUAAUGUUUCUUUUAAAUCCUCGUUUGAAAAGUUAGAGCAUGACCAACAAUUGCACAAUGUACAGACGACUACACGAAAAAGCAAACGCUUUGGUGUAACAAAAAGUUAUGAUGAAUUGUUUGAUGAUGAAUCCGAUUAUGAUGAAGAAACAAAAAAUUAUUCUUCAAAUUUGGUACAGUUCAAUAAUAAUUUGGUUGAAUCAAAUUCUACUGAUCAAAAAAGUAAUCUUGAAAUAGACUUGAAAAAAGAAAAAGAAUCGGAAGACAUAAAGAAUGAGCUUAUUGAAUCUGAAGAAAAGUCUGAUGUUGAAGAUUUCAAGUGUUAUUACUGUAAUCAAAAAUUCCCUUCCAAACACUUGGCUUCGAAACACGUUCGUUCACAUAUGCUUAAUGAUAAAAAACCAAUUCCAAAAAAUGACAUUUAUGAUAAAUAUAAAGUUAUGAUAGAUAACAAAUUAUAUUACAAAUGUGAUCAAUGUAACUAUAAUGUUGAAGGUAGAAGAUACAAGUUUGUGUAUCAUAUGAGGGUGCACACCGGUGAAAAACCAUAUACUUGUGAAAUUUGUAGUAAGCAGUUCCGUACAGCAGCAUUUUUAAGACGCCAUAUUGUAUGUUUCCAUGAUAAAGUACGUAGUUAUCAGUGUGAUAUUUGUGGACGUUCGUUUUCUGAGAAACGAAAUGUUGAUGAUCAUAGACGUACGCAUACUGGUGAACGACCGUUUGUUUGUGAAACAUGCGGUAAAAGUUUUGCUCAAAGGUCAUCAAUGAAAAUUCAUUGGAAACAAAUGCAUGAAAGUAUAAAAGCACAUAAAUGUGAAUAUUGUGGCAAAAGUUUUAUUAGAAGAUGCCAUUUAGUUGCACAUUUAACUCAUCAUACAGGUGUGCGCAACUAUGUAUGUGCAGUAUGUGGUAAAGCAUUCUUACGGAGUGGUACACUUAAAGGUCAUACAGCGGUGCAUAGUUCAGAAAGACCCUUUCAAUGCACUAUUUGUGGAGACACAUUUAAAUUGAAAAAACAUUUAAAACAGCAUGGACGUGUUCAUGAAUCGUAACAUUMAUUUGUUAAUGUGCCUCAAUUAGAAUUUAUUUCAAGAAUUGUUGACAAUCAAAGAGAUUCACAGUAAUCAUUGGUAUUAUUGAUUUGUAUGAGUAUUGUAAUUUAUAAUAUAUGUUAAAAUCUAUAGUCCUUAUUGUUUCCUCGAACAAAAAAAAAAUUUUUAAAUUGAAGUAUGAUUAUUGCUAAACUAAAAAUUAAUAUCUUCAUGUUUCAUCAGCCUAUUUAGCAGAGUAAACUUAACCUUUUCUCUAUUACAUGCAUUAUUAACAUUYCUUUCUUCAUUAUUCAUAUUAAAUACAGAUAAAAACAACAAAUUUAAGGUAAAAAACAUUCUCUCGUUGAUUUUUGUACAGAUGAUACACAUGCAACAUUAUUUUUAUUCCUAGUAAUUAUCAGUAAUCUCAGUAAGCAGUGCAUUUCUAAGAUCUGUUUUUUAUCCUAUUCGUAUAAACUUAAAACUUGUCAAGUCAAUAAAUUAAUUUUUUUUUWAUUUUAAUUUGUGGUUUGCAAUUGAAUUUAUUAAUUAAAAAUAUGAAAUAAAAACUGAAAUUAUUAAUUUGGCAGGGAAAAAGUUUUCAAGAAAAAAUACUUAGCAGUGAAAAGGUUAGGUAAUUCCAAACAUUUUUUUUUUUUUUAUCAUUUUAUAGGAAACUCAAUAUUUGGCAAUUGAUACCAUUCAGUAUAAUUCAAUGAUAAUUCUUCCUUUUAAUUCUUUGAUAAAUUAUUGAUAAAAUAGCUGUAUAGCUUAAUUCUAUAKAAUUUAUUUUCCAUAAUAA